UUAAUAAAAGUCUGAUUAGGAUUUUCCUUAACUUCCGGUUGUGACGCAUCUAUUGCGUCGUAACUCCAUUUCCCAUGAUGCCCCGCCCCGGGGCUCAAGUGAUGAGCCACAGCAUCACUUGAGCGAAGCUGCAGGAGGAAAGAGAGCCACACGGACACGCGCGCAUCCACGGACAGUAUUUUGCCCUGUUGUUCAGCGUGCUGGGGUCAGAGGUCACGCCUCCAUGUGGUCUGAUAGACGAUGAAACAACAUGACUUUGGAAGGAGCGAAUCGGGUCUAUCGCAGAACUCCUGCGACGCUCCGCCGAGGUCAGAGGUCAGCCAGAACCAGGUUGUCCUGGGUUUGUGUGAGGACCGACCAACUGGUUGCCAUGACGAAGAGCUGGCAAAGGGCGGAGCCACAGAGCAGAAGGCUGACAGGUGUGUGUUUCUCCUCAGGUUUGCCCACCCAGUCGACAGUGCGGGUUUUUUCUCCUUCAUGACGUUUCAUUGGCUGACUCCUGUGGCUCUGCAAGCGCGCAGGAAAGGGCAGCUCCUAUUGGAGGACGUCUGGCCUGUGGCGCCAAAGGAGCGUUGCCAUGACAACAGUGUGAGGCUCAGGACGCUGUGGGAGGAGGAGCAGAAGUCCAAAGGAACCGAGGCGUCCCUGUGUUCGGUCGUCUGGACCUUCUGCCGGACCCGGCUCCUCCUGUCCAUCCUCUGCCUCACUGUCACUCAGCUUGCCGGAUUCAGCGGCCCGGCGUUUGUGGUGAAGCGUCUGCUGGACUACACCCAGCAGGAGGAAUCGGACCUGACCUACGGGUUGCUGCUGGUUCUGGGGCUCCUGACCACGGAGCUGAUGCGGUCCUGGUCUCUGGCUCUGACCUGGGCCCUGAACUACCGGACCGGGUGCAGGCUGAGAGGAGCUGUGCUCAGCUUGGCCUUUGAGAAGAUCCUACGACUGCGCAGCGUCCGGGACAAGUCUGUGGGCCAGCUCAUCAACAUGUGCUCCAGCGACGGGCAGCGGAUGUUUGACGCAGCGGCGGUGGGCAGUCUGCUAGCCGGUGGCCCCCUGCUGGCCGUUCUCGGUGUCGCGUACAACCUGUACAUCCUGGGUCCAACAUCGCUGCUGGGAUCCUCCGUCUUCAUCCUCUUCUAUCCCACCAUGAUGUUCAGCUCCAGGAUGACGGCGUAUUUCAGGAGGAAGGGCGUGGCCGUCACCGACAGGCGAGUCCAGAAGAUGAACGAGAUCCUCAGCUACAUCAAGUUCAUCAAGAUGUACGCCUGGGUGAAAGCCUUUUCAGGGGACGUCCAAAGGAUCCGGGAUGAGGAGCGCCGCCUGCUGGAGCUCACAGGGUAUUUCCAGAGCAUCACGGUGGGCGUGGCUCCCAUCGUGGUCGUCAUCGCCAGCGUUGUGACGUUCUCCACUCAUAUGUUGCUAGGAUACGACCUCACAGCCGCUCAGGCCUUCACUGUCGUCACGGUGUUCAACGCCAUGACCUUUGCCCUUAAAGUGACGCCAAUUUCUGUCAAGUCCCUGUCGGAGGCCUCUGUGGCCGUGGAGAGAUUCAAGAGUCUCUUCUUGUUGCCGGAGAUUGACAGCGUCAGAGCGUUGCCUAGCGACCCUCUGGUUGCCGUGGAGAUGUGCGGAGCCUCUCUGGGAUGGGAAGGCGCAGGGCAGAGUGCCCAGGCCAGCCCGUGUGUCCGAGCAGCCGGCCGGCAUCGACAGAGAGAAAAGUGCAGAGAUCCAGGUGUCCUCCAGGACAGGGAGGACAAGGAGGAGGUGACCGGCUCCCUGUUGGGAGGAGAUGCAGAUUCAAGUCCUGAGGAGGAAGAUGGGGAUGAGGAGGACAGCUGUCCUCCCCGCCUGGCAGUCCCCCGUCCCUCUCAGCGUCCUCAGAGCACCCUGCACUGCAUUACCCUGAACGUCCAGCAGGGACAGUUGCUCGGUGUCUGCGGCUGCGUCGGCAGUGGGAAGACCUCUCUGAUCUCAGCCAUCUUAGGACAGUUGACGGUGCUGGAGGGCAGCGUGGCGGUCCGGGGGAGGAUGGCCUACGUCGCUCAGCAGGCCUGGAUCCUGAACGCCACGCUGAGAGACAACAUCCUGUUCGGACAGGAAUACGAGGAGGACAGGUACCAGUCUGUCCUCAGUGCCUGCUGCCUCAAACCGGACCUGGUUCUGCUGCCCAAUGCCGACCUCACAGAGAUCGGAGAGCGCGGCGCCAACUUGAGUGGCGGCCAGCGGCAGCGGAUCAGCUUGGCCCGCGCGCUGUACAGCGACCGGGACGUUUACAUCCUGGACGACCCUCUGAGCGCUCUGGACGCCCACGUGGCCAAUCACAUCUUCCGCAACGCCAUCAAGAAGCAGCUUCACAACAAGACCGUCAUCUUCGUCACCCACCAGCUGCAGUACAUGGUGGACUGUGAUGACAUCAUUCUGAUGAGGGAGGGCAGCAUAGUGGAGCAGGGUAACCAUGACGACUUGAUGAAGCUGAAUGGAGACUAUGCAGCCAUGUUCAACCACUUCCAGCUGGGGGACCCGCCCAUCGUAGAGGUCCCCAGCAGGAAGCAGGGCGGCUCUCAGAGGAAACCGGCCGACACCAAACCAGGAUCCAUGAAGAAGAGUUCGCCGGUUGUCAAAGACAACGGUGAGGAGCAGCAGCACGGGGCCGUGUCCUGGCCCGUGUUCCGGGUCUACAUGGCGGCUUGCGGAGGCUCCGCCCCCUGCCUGCUGAUCCUGGUUCUGUUUGUUCUCAAUGUGGGAAGUGCGGCUUUCUGCCACUGGUGGCUGAGCUACUGGAUCAACCAGGGCAGCGGGAACACCACGGUCACCGUGGGCAACAGCUCAGCAAUGAGUGUCAGCAUGAAGGACAAUCCCAAGAUGCAACAGUACGCCGUCAUUUAUGCCUCUUCCAUGGGAGUCAUGCUGAUCUUCAAACUCAUCCGAGGAAUCGCCUUCGUCAAGGGAACUUUGAGAGCUUCCUCUAAACUGCAUGACCAACUUUUCCACAAAAUCCUGCGCUGCCCCAUGAAGUUCUUCGACACGACUCCUACAGGACGGAUCCUCAAUCGCUUCUCCAAGGACAUGGAUGAAGUUGACACCCGGCUGCCCUUCCAGGCGGAAAUGUUUAUCCAGAACGUGAUCCUGGUCUUCUUCUGUCUGGGUGUCAUCAGCUAUGUUUUCCCAUGGUUCCUAGUGGCUGUUGGACCUCUGGUCUUGGGCUUUGCUGCUCUCCACAGCGUCUCUAAGGUCUUCAUCCGGGAGCUGAAACGUUUGGACAACGUGACGAUGUCCCCUUUCAUGUCCCACAUCACGUCCAGCAUCCAGGGCUUGACGACUCUGCAGGCCUACGACCGUGGCCAGGACUUCCUCCGCAGGUACCAGUUUUUACUAGACCAGAACCAGUCUCCCUUCUACCUGUUCAGCUGCGCCAUGCGUUGGCUCGCGGUUCGUCUGGAUGUCAUCAGCGUGUCUCUGAUCAGCAUGACGGCCUUGAUGAUGGUCCUGAUGCACGGACAGAUCCCCCCUGCAUACGCCGGGCUUGCCAUCUCCUACGCUGUCCAGUUAACAGGACUGUUCCAGUUCACGGUGCGACUCGCCUCAGAGACCGAAGCCCGCUUCACCUCCGUGGAGAGAAUCCACCACUACAUCCAGUCUCUGUCCCAGGAGGCUCCAGCCCGGGUUAAAGGUCGGGCUCCUCCGCCUGACUGGCCCCAGCAGGGGGAGCUGGUGUUCCGGGACGUGGAGAUGAGGUACCAGGAGAACCUCCCUCUGGUUCUGAACAAGAUCUCAUGCUCCAUUAGACCAAAGGAGAAGGUCGGCAUCGUUGGCAGAACCGGAUCAGGGAAGUCGUCUCUGGGCGUUGCCUUGUUCCGGCUGGUGGAGCGCUCCGGAGGCUCCAUCCUGAUCGACGGCAUCGACAUCAGCGACAUCGGAUUGGCCGAUCUGCGCAGCAAGCUGUCCAUCAUCCCACAGGACCCGGUUCUGUUCAGCGGGACGGUCAGGUCCAACCUGGAUCCGUUCAACCAGUACAGCGAGGAGAAGAUCUGGGACGCUCUGGAGAGGAGUCACAUGAAGGAGUCGGUGUCUCAGCUUCCUCAGAGGUUGGAGUCGGAGGUGGUGGAGAACGGAGAGAACUUCUCGGUGGGGGAGAGGCAGCUGCUGUGUGUGGCCAGAGCUCUGCUGAGGCAGUGCAAGGUGUUGGUUCUGGAUGAGGCCACGGCCGCCAUGGACGCGGAGACGGACUUCCUGAUCCAGGAGACGAUCCGGAACUCGUUCCAGGACUGCACCACGCUGACCAUCGCCCACCGACUCCACACCGUCCUGUCGUCCGACCGCAUCAUGGUGCUGACCCGGGGACAGGUGGCGGAGUUUGACGAGCCGGCCCGGCUGCUGGCCAAUGAGAACUCUCGGCUGUGUUCGAUGCUGGCGGCCGCAGAGAGCAAAGUGUCCGUCCGAGGAUGAGGAGGAUGAGGAGGAAGAGGAGGAACACCUCAGUGCUGCUCGGUUUUAUUUAUUUAUUUAUGUUGAACUCGUCUUGACCCUCUGAUGAGGUGGCACCGUGUGACUGGCUGCAUGCGGAGGUGGGCGGGGUCAAAGGUCAAAGCCUGUGGUUUUCUCCAGGUCAGGUGUUUGCAACCUGUUGUGGCUCCAGAGACAAAAGUGUCUUUUUAUUUUUUAUUUUAUUUAGAUUUUUUGAUUUAUUGGGUUUAUUUUUUACAUGGAAUAAAUUCACACAAAUAUCAGGAAUAUUUUUUUAAGUGCUGUUUUGGUUUAUGACCGAAUACUGGGGCCCGGCAAAAAAUAAACAAAAGUGAGAAUAAGGUCAAUAUUUUGACAAUAAAUUUGUAACAUUACAAAAAUAAAGUUGAAACAUUGUUCUUUAUUCUCAUUAUUACAUCAUUUUAUUUUUAAAAAUGUUUAAAACUUGGUGCUAAUAUUCUGUCGUAACAUCAACAUCCCCUCGAAUCAAAUUAAUCAACACUAUUUUUUAAUUAGAUGUUUUAUUUUUUUCUUUGUUUUAAAACAUAAAAAUAAAAAAUUAAAUGUUGCUUCCUUAAGAAUCGCCACAGUUUUCCUACAGUAGCUAUUUAUUUCAACAUUUUCUUCUGUUUCCACUAAAGACGUCACAUUUGCAGAGUUUUAUUUAUUUAGCUGGACUGACGGUUGCAGACUCCUGGUAUGAAUCAUCUGCUGAUGUGAAGGUGUCAAUUCAAUCGUCUUAGUUUUACUGUCGGAAGAGAUCAGCAGAGACGCUUCUGCGUCUCCAGCUGUAGCAAAUGAUGACGUAAUUGUCUUUGUUCUCCGCGUCAGAUCCGUUAUAAUCAGCCUGAUGCGCUUUAAUGUGGAAUGUAGAGAGAUUUCAUUAAUCAUUUAAACGUCUGAGGUGCAGAACCUCUUUGCCUUUAAAGACUUUUGGCCUUUUAGAGGGAGGCAUUGCUGCCCCCUGCAGGAAAAACACGGUUCCUGCACACGAAUCUGCCGUGAUGAUGCAGUGUCUGCUGUGUGCCUGCAGGGGGCAACACGCACACAGUCUCCACUUGUACAGUCACUGUAAUUGAGUCGCUGCGCGUUGAGAAGCGGAGCGAGGACCCGCUGCUGCUGCUGUGACGUCAUGAGCACGUCACCGCCUCGGAUUACGGCAGAGCGAUGGGAUGUUUUCAUUUUGAAUCUUCUUGUAUUAGAUCAGCCUUUGUCAAAGUGUCUCCAUGUUGGUGUCUGUAUUUUUAUAAGAGCAUGAUGAACAAAACCAGUAAAAGCAUUUUAACACA